AUGGUGUCCAAAGGCAAGCAAAAGGCCGUAGAGCAGCCGUCCGUCACCGAGGAAGCUCCUCCGUUGCCAGACGAGGAGCAGCCGCCACUACCGGACGGGGAAGAAGAGCCGCCGUUGCCCAGUGAAGACGAGCAAGAUGAUGGAGGGGAUGAGCAAGACGAUGCCCCGCCCUUGCCAGACGAGGACGAGCCAGAGCCUGCUACUGGGGCGACAGAAGGGCCACCUGUGAUCAUACCUGCGGCAACCCAUGGUGACUGGACUGCCGUUUGGGACAAACAAGCGCAAGCAUACUAUUUCUGGAAUAAGAAGACGCAAGAGACAACAUGGGUCAACCCUGUCCAAGUGCCCGCUGAAGCAAGCACGUCUACUGCGACUGUCCAAUCGACCGUGCCAGCUGGCGGCAAACUCACAAAACUCUCCUAUUCUGCAGAGGGCAACGUAGAUGGUAUCGAUCCAGACCUGGUCUAUCUCGAUCCCAAGCUCGCUAUACCGGGCAGAGAGUCGACAGGUCCCGGACCGGCGUUCUCUGCUCGCUUCAACGCGCGAACGGGCAGAUUCGAAGGCGAUCCCGAGAAAACGCCAGACAGAGUAUCGGGUAUCGAGCGAGCAAAACGCCAGAACCAGAACUUCUUCGACUAUGACGGUUGGCAGAAAGCAUUCGACAUGAAGCAGGAUAUAGAGAGACAGAAGCGAGCUGCAGGCGAGAGCUCUGACGCUCCUCCGCCGAAGAAACUCACAAAAGCCCAGCUGGAGAAAUUCAGAGAGCGCAAGAAGCAACGCAAAGAGGAGCGACAGAAGGGCUGGCUACUGGACAAUGACUAG